UCCAAGUCUGGUCCAACAUGUUCAGAUUAGUUUUGAUUGUGGCCGUGUCCGCCAUUGCAGCUGGGGCCAAUGGACACGUGGCCUAUUCGAAGACGGCAAACCAACUACACCCAGUCCAUGGACUGUACGUCAAGCCGUCUGUAGACGGGACAACAGGCGACCUAUACGUGGCCGCCACGGAAGACACCGGCGCCAAAACACAAUGGCUGACCGACCAGCCCGUCCAUUUCUUGCCAAUACAAUCUCAGCCUGGUCUACCCGGCUACAACCUUGAAGAACAGAAGACACAGAAGCGAGCAGUGGUCAACCCUCCAGUACAGUACGCAUACGCACUUCCAGUACCAGCGACUACCGAGACCACUCCUGCUGCAUACCCAUAUGCUGUCCCUGCCGCUAACCCAACUCUGCCAGCUCAAACCGAAAGCAAGACCGAAGUACCAGUCGCUGCCGCAAUUCCUCAGUACAACCCAUACCAAUUUUUCUACCCACAAAUGAUGUCGGCAUACGCUAACAUGAUGACCAUUUUGAAGGAUGCCGGACUUAACGAAGAAACCGCCAGCUCCGCUGUAACCCACCCCUCUCCAAUGUGGCCUCAGGCGUAUGCCUACCCUUACCAAUAUGUGAUGGUAGAUCCUAGUGCGUGGGCACAGGCACAAGCACAAACUACGGCUACGCCUGUAGCACCAUCUACACCGGCGAGCCCAGUAGCUACCGAAACUGAAUAA